GAGGAAUUAUUUUUGAUGUUUUCCUGAGUCCCUUAAUCCAGUUUUUAGUGGUGAUGUCUCCAACGAGUACCCGUCUCGGCUAGUAGUGAAUUGGCCACAUAGCUUAGCAUGGUCGUCAACCGAUUAAGUAUAUAUGGGUCAAAUAGAAUGUGUAGACGCAGAGUCGGAUAUAAUUCCAGUAAAGACAAAGCAAAUGGUACGAUUCGGUCCUAAACUGGCUACAUUUGACACUGUUAAAUCGAUCAAAAGAAGAGAUACAAGCUCUGCGGGCGGCUAGCUUUGCUUCCAACUUUUUCCCCCGUCGAAGUGUUAUAACACUCGGCGUGAAUAAAGUAAAUUUUGACUCAAACGUCUUAUCCACAGACGUGAGAAAAUGAACAGUAACUGCGAACUGAGUUUCCAUAAGGAUUUAUUGCUAAUAAAGUUAACUCAAGCAAGUUUACUCACAAGUUUUCUCGCUAACAUUAGCGCUAACCAUCAGAUGGCACCUAAGCCUUUUAGAUUAAGAUUGCGAACGCUCAAGAUUUUCUAAACGUGUUUUUUCAUGUUAAAGUCACUAUCGGAAUACAUUUCGUGUUUGAGUGAGCCAGAUUGUGUGUUUAAGAGUAACUAACGCUACGUCAGUGGCUAGUGAGGGAGCAAUCACGUCAGUUCAAGCAAUAACUGUGAUUUUGUUCUGUUUAUUUUUCAGUUUCACGGAUGUUCAUAUUUUCCUAUUGAUGCAUACUGUUUCCAAUAAUGAUCGAUCCCACAUUUUGCCCUCUAGCCUUUUGUUGCGGUUUUGCGUCAUUCAGCAUUACGCUGCCAGGGCGCUGUCUCUACAGUGCUGGCUUCGUUUCUAACAAAAAUUGGAAGAUUGCACACACGUCUUUAUUUAUUAUUGCCGUUGUCUUUGAAGUCAACCUUACAUCACUUCCUUAAUGAUUUUACUGCCUUGAAUUAUCAUUCAUCACGUCCCACCAAAACGCUUCAACCUCCAAGCUGAAGAGAGUAGAGCUGUCACUGUUAUUUUUGGGGGAUUGAUUAUGGUAUUGGUCAUUCAAUAAAAAAAUGUCAAUGUGCGGUUUAAAUCGAUUUAAUGAAGAAUCAUUGUUUUAACUCUUGGAAAUUUGAAAUAUCUUCAACAGAAACUGAUAUUUUUACACCUCCCUUUUUUUAUUUAUUUCAGCAUAAUUUCUGAUUACAUUGAUCAACUUUUAUUCCUGUCAGAAAAGCGUUAUUUCUGAAAAGUUGUACUUCGCAACCUAAUUUGUGAUGAACAUAAGUGUUUUUUAAUAAGACAGUUCACGAGAUAAUACUGUUAUGGAAUAUUACAUUGCCUUUGAAGUAUUAGGAUUAGUUAUGACAUUUUUUUGCACAUUCCUGUUGGUUUAUCAAAUUUAUUUUAGAAAGCCAUUAAAAAAAAAAGCUUAAACAAAGAUGUUAAAUUUGGCAAAGGUAUUCAAAAUCUGUUGAGUUGAGUUAUUGACUUUGUGUAUGUGUUUCUUUUUGUGGGGGAAAUAAAGUAAAUUUACAAGGCCCCGUGUGAGGUAAUAACUACUUCAUUAGAUAUGUGACCUUUCACCCCCCCCUUAGUUAGUUGCUAAGCCGACAAGCUUCGUCACUCCAACGGCACAAGCCAUUGCAGGCCGUCAAAUAUUUGAGUGAUUUAUUUUGGAGCAAUACGAGUGCAACAUUCUCCAGAUCGAGGCAAAAUGGUUUAAAAUAUGCAGCGGAGGGUUUUAUUGAAAAUGUAAAAUAUUGUAGCAAGCUAUCGAGGAAAAAUCAUACUGGUUCAACACUGACUGCAAGCAAAUGGUUUGGAUACUAACAAGUCCAUUCACAAAAUGUUACAUGAAAAAUAAGUUCAAGGCACAUUAUACGGACGCUAUGUUUACAUAAAAAGAGGAAACAUCACAUUAAUGUUGGUGCACUUAUAGAACGGACUGCGAAUGAAGACAUGGAGUUAACUAACAUUAGCUAAGGAACCAGCUAUGUUUCUCGUGCUGUAGACGUUUUAGCGAUGGCAUCCUAGUAAGAUAUAAUAAUCGAUAUCAGGAACUACAGCUUUGAUAUCCAGUUUAAUGAAUGUUUUUGCCUCAGCAUUUUAGGCAAGAUAGCUUACUAGUUAGCUUCUGAUGUUAGCUUGAUCUUUUAGAUAUAAUGUACUUGUUUAUUUUGGGGACAUUAAAAUGGGAGUGACAAUGUGUUAUUUAAUCCCUUAGAAUCCUGCUUUUUUUCUGGCUUUGGGAAGGGAAAGAACCACAUUCAUACUGGUAUACUCCUGGGAUACCUCGUGUCUGAUUUACCAUGAAUACUCACCUAUAGGUCGCUUUGGCAGAUAGGUCGCACCUCUACUUUGUGGAUAAAAAAAUUAACUGUUAGGUAUUUUAGGUUGACCCUCAUAUUGGUUGCUCCAUAAUAUGGGAGAUUUUUCCACAAAUAUUUGGAAAAUUUUCGUGACCAAUUUGACUGCAACAAAACUGAGUACAUUUUAUUGUUUAUGGUCUGUAUCUUUAGUCAGCAACAGCUUGGAUACAUAGUAUCAGCUUAGAUCCCAUGACAAACAAUGCCAAUGUGGUAAAUAUGUUAAGUUUCUAGUUUUUGUUUCUUAACUCAUUCACUCCCAGCCAUUUUCACCAGAGCAAGGCACUUCGCUCCCGGCCGUUUUACUGGAUUUUUACAGAUUUUGCAAGGGCCACAGAAAAUUCUGUUCUAUUGCUAUAUAAACAUGGAACCCACCAAAAGAAAGAUUAGACUCUCUUCUUUCAGCAGAAAAAAGUAAUGGCAUGGUCGCAAAUACAAGCACUUUGUGUGUGGAGAUGGUUUUAACAAACAUUGUUCUGGAGGACUCAGGAGCUCUGCCCUGGCCUGAAGAAGCCUCAUAAACUCAUAUCCAGCACAAACCUUUUCGGACAAGGAGACUCCUACUUUCUGUGAAAGGACAAUCCCCUGUUGCUUAUAGACGCAAAACAUCUGGUGUGAAACCCACUUGCCUUUUUUAAAGUUAAGUUGUACAAACUCUGUGUCCCAUCUUGCCCGCCACAAUGCCAAGCUCAACCAUUCGUCGCCAAAUGAAGAACAUGGUGAACAACUACUCUGAUGCAGAAAAAAAAGUCAGAGAGGCUACCUCCAAUGACCCUUGGGGGCCUUCGUCUUCACUCAUGUCUGAAAUUGCCGACUUAACUUACAAUGUGGUGGCCUUUAGUGAGAUCAUGAGUAUGAUUUGGAGACGGCUCAAUGACCACGGAAAGAACUGGCGUCAUGUCUACAAAGCUCUCACCCUGCUUGACUACCUGAUCAAGACCGGCUCCGAGCGAGUGGCUUUGCAAUGCAAGGAGAACAUCUUUGCCAUCCAGACUCUGAAAGACUUCCAGUACAUUGACAGAGAUGGUAAAGACCAGGGCAUCAAUGUAAGGGAGAAGAGUAAGCAGCUUGUGGUCCUUCUUAAAGAUGAAGAUCGUCUCAAAGGAGAGCGGUCUCAGGCUUUGAAGACCAAAGAGCGUAUGGCCCAGGUGUCCACAGGGAGCAGUCAGAUGGGCUUUGGUAGAGGUUCAUCCCAGCCCAACCUCUCCACUUCCUACAGCGAAGAGUACGGCAGGUCAGAGGGCUCCCCUGCCUCCUACCAUGGCUCUACGUCUCCCAAUGCUGGAUCAGAAUUGGAGCAAGCCAGACCUCAGACAAGUGGUGAGGAGGAGCUACAGUUGCAACUGGCUCUGGCCAUGAGCAGAGAGGCAGCAGAGCAGUUUGUCCUCACUAGUGCCCAUAUACAGGAGGAGCGCAUACGCAGAGGGGAUGAUUUGAGACUACAGAUGGCCUUGGAGGAGAGUAAGAAAGGAGGUUCUGACUCUGGCAAACUGGCACGCAAGAAAAAAGAGCCGCAGUCAUCUCUGAUGGAUUUGAUGGACACCCCAGAACCAGGUGCAACCGCUGACCCCUGGGGUGCAGCCGGUCUGUCGAAAGGGGACCCCUGGAAAUCUUAUGGUUCUGCCCCUAAGUCAGCAGCCUCGGCAGACCCCUGGGGGGCUCCAUCUUCUGUUCCACCCAUGAAGAGUAGUGAUCCCUGGGCAUCAAACUCAACUCCCGCAUCUGAUCCCUGGGGGUCAGCAGCUACUCGUCCUAAAGCUGCUCAUACAGGUAGCUUUGACCUGUUCAGUGAAUCCAAUGGUACGUCCAAAGAGGACUUCUCAGCGUUUGACAGCCUGCGCACCUCCUCCUCUGUCGCUGCUGGUGAUGCUGGUAUACCAUCCUCUAUUCCCUCCCAAACCAGUCUUGCAAGCAGCAGCAGCUUGGACCUCUUUGACCCCCUUCCCACAUCCACUUCUGCUUCUUCAAAUCCAACCAGAAAGACACCAGAGUCUUUCCUUGGCCCCAAUGCUGCUUUGGUCAACCUGGAUUCUUUAGUGACCAAACCUGCUCAACCUGCACCAGCAUUCAACCCAUUCUUGGCUUCAACGGGUGGCACUGCCUCAGCAUCCACCGCCCACGCCAAUCCCUUUCAAGUGGUCCAGCCUGCUCCACCAACCCUCAACCAGAUGCGAGUCAGCCCCAUGCCUUCGGGGUUCGCUGGUGGCAUGAGUGAUACCAUGGCCAUGUCCUCUUUGCCCACCCAACCUAUCACAAUGGUCCCUUUGGCAGGCAUGGCCCCUGCAGGACGCCCGAUGCCUGCAAUGGGGGUCAGUGCUAUGCCCCAGCCGCUGAUCAGCAUGCCCCCUCAGGCUGGGGGGCCGCCUGCUGGGGCCACCAACCCAUUCCUUUUGUGAAAGGCUGACUGCGGGACAACUUGCGCCCACUUCUUACCCCCCCUCCCAAACUCUUUGAGGCUUCAUCAAGAAGUCUGCUUAUCCCAUGUAUCCCUUUUCUAACCAACCUCCAGCAAGGUCGUAGAUAACGUGGCUUCCUUUUAACAUUACCACACUUUUCUUCUCUUUCCUCUCUCAAUGCUAUGAACAGCCUAGUCCUACAAUAUGUGUUCCAUUUUGAUCCGACACUGAUGUACAUCACUGUCCAUUUGGCGUCAGUUACAGAGUAGCAAGGGUGUUUACAGGUUUUUUUUUUUCAUUUCCCAAGAGGCAGGUCAGGACGUUCUACUUGUCUCUCACCUGCACUCCUUUCUUUAGGAUUGCUCCUUCUGUGCAGUGACAGAAGCCUGACUACUAACGCCAGGAUCCUAUCUCGUCACUAGAGCUAAUCUUUUAUAAGCCCUGUCAGCUGAAGUGUGUGCGUGUUUGAGAGAGAGGUUGCACAUAUUAGUGUUAUUACACUGUGUAUUUUCCAGUAAGCUUUUCCUUUACUUACUGGAUUUAGAAUGAUAGAGACCAUCAAAUAUGUUUAUACUGUCCGCGUGUGUUCCGAAGCAGGGAUUUUGCACAUUGUGUUAGCUUUUUUUUUUUUUUAAAAACAAAAAAAACAAAUUAUUUCAGCGACUGUUGGGCUCACCAUUACAAACCUUAGCAUGGACAAAAUGGCUAACUGCAAAACAGAAUGAGAGGGCUUUUUACUUUUUUCUUUACUACUUCCUGGCAGUCCUCAUCUGGGCAUUCAAUUUGAGCGCUUCCUAACACACCACAAAAAAGAAACUGACCGCCUUGGGUCGCGGUAUUAUCUUUGUGAAUGCUCAUCAAAGAAGAUAAACUCCCUGUCUCUGAUUAUGUGAAGUGCUCGCAGAUAACCAGUGGAAUCCCCAGCCAGUACAAAAUCAUGUAGAUUUUUUACGUUAAGGCCAAACGUGCGUUAGACAAAUGUAUGAACUGUGAUAGCAUUAGUAUUGAAACAUGGGGAGGCAUUUUGGGAAUUUUGCUCGUUUGUACCAGGUUCAAAGGGAAGAGUGUGUGCAGUUUGAGUGAUAUCAGCUUCCAUGAGUACUUGAAUGAGCAAUGUUGGCUUUACAUUUAAAUUUUAUAAGUUGAGUUCUCCCUCCUGUGGUAGUGACGUCUGCUGCAUCUUGUUGACACACUCCGCUGUAAGCGUUUCGGCAACAUGGAGAGGGAAUUUACUGUGACCAUCUGCAAUGAUUUUAUCUGAUAAACACACAUGCGUGCUGUGCUGGUCCUUCGAUAAGCGCAGGGGAAUCCUGAAAGGGAAUGAUAAACUGUUCCAGGGAGGAAGCAGUAGGUCAUUUCUUGUGGUUAUUUUUUAGUGUUGCACCGAUACCAUUUUUCGGCUCCCGAUAACGAUUCGCGCUUCUGUGUGGUAUCGGCAGAUAGUGUACCGGUACCACAUUACAAUUAAAAAAAAUAAUAAUUUUUUCUGCUAUUGAUGGCGCUAGACGUCCAACUCACUCAUUCGCAGUGGGAAGGUCCCACUGCAAAUUGAUUGGACGUUUUCUAGUGAUGAGCUCAUUUCAAUUCACAGCAGAAGGAUGAUUGGACGUCUUAUCUUGGGAAGGAGUGCUUCAGUUUGUAAGACUGUGUGCGUAGCUGAAGGCCAUCUUGGUUAGGGCGACCAGCAGUUGGAAAAUAAUCUCUAAAAGUACAUACUGCUCGUACGCGUUAUCUUAGUCAUCCACGAUACCGAUGAUGUUAUUUUCAUGCCGUAUCGGUACUGAUUGUAGUAUCGGUGCAACACAACUUUUUCCCAUUUACCGUACUUAUGUUAAUCUUUAGCAAAUCUUUUUUCUUUUUUUCGUUGAGGUGUCUACUAGUUGCAAAUUCUUUAGUCUUCAUAAGGUCUUUCUUGUUUCACCCUGUGGGUCAGCCAUUCUCUUUUCUUAGAAGCACAACUGUUACCUAAGUCAUAGCGACGGAUUUACAAGGAUGUCCCCCACCCGACGCCAUGUUUUUACCCUAGGAUAGACCCAGCAUCAGGGUCUCACUCAACUGUAAAUUUCUGUUACUGGAUGCACACUCCAUUGUUCGUUUCUUCUAUGUUGUUUAGAGCUAAUUUUAAGUUUGUGCUAAGUGUUUCUAUAUUGGAGGUAAACUGAGCGUGUUUAACAAGAGAUGGAGACAACCAUCUCUUCAAUUGUCUAUCACUGCCAAUAUUUUUACUUAUUGUUUUAUGUCUUCUUUUGGUGUGCAGCCGACCCCUUAGCUAUGCUAGCUAAACAGGACCCUUCAUUUAUGCUCUAAAUGCAGACAUUUAUCUCAGGCAAAAGGAGGUCCAGCUUUGACUCUGCAUUAGUUGGACAAAGCAGAGAAGUUGGUGAUAUAUUUUUUUUCUUUCUUGGCUGAUGAAUGUAUGGAUGGAUGGAAUGCAUACAACCCAGCGAACCUUUUGAAACACAAACAAAAAUAUGCAAACAUUAAGAUGAUUUAAAAAAAAAAAAAAAAAGAAUGGCAUAUGUUUUGCAAAGCUUUGCUAAUCGUUUAUUGAACUGCGCCUAAUGUAGUGCAACUAAGAUAUGCUGUGUUCUCUCUGAUUUGACUAACAUUCAAGCGAUGAUGGGAAAAAGUGAUGGCUGCAUUAAGAGGAAAAAAAUGGAACUGUUGGACAACGCUUAUAAUGACCACUUUUUCUGACUGUUCAGUAGUGGUGUAGUUAUAUGGGGCAAGCUCAUGAUGCAUCGCUCUGUAUUCACUAUGCUUUUAUUGAGAGGAAUAACUGACCUUACAGACUCUUUAUAUGCAUUAAUAAUAGCCACUUUUUUUUCUUCCACAUUUGUCUAGUUACUCUUAUAGUACUGGGAGCAGGCUGCUUUUUAUUCGAUAUGUGCUCAAUCUGUCGGCAUUAUAACUGUAUAAUAUAAUUUAUCAUUUGUACUAUUGUAACAUACCGUUCUUUUGUUGACCUUUAUUAUUCUGUGUAAUGGGUUUUUGUAGGAAACGUCACCGUGGAAUCUUAACGGCAUCUAAACAAAAGAGCGCAGCAGGACGCACCGUUGAAUGAGAACGAGCUUAGCUGCAUUGGUUCAAAAUAAAAUGUAUAUCACUUCA